AUGUGGGUGGUGAGAGAGUUUCGCCAGGUAAUUUUUCAUUUUGUCCUUCAAUUAAUAUCUAUCUAUCUAUCUAUCUAUCUAUCUAUCUAUCUAUCUAUCUAUCUAUCUAUCCGCUCGUUUCCGACCUACUUUCUUUCUAAUGGUUCUCCUUUCCUUUCUUUCUUUCUUUCUUUCUUUCUUUCUUUCUUUCUUUCUUUCUUUCUUUUUUUCUUUCUUUCUUUCUUUCUUUAUGCUCUUUCUUUCUUUUUUCUUUCCAUAUGUUUUCUCUUUCUUUCUUUCUUUCUUUCUUUCUUUCUUUCUUUCUUUCUAACUUUUUCUCAUCUUUCAUUUCUUCUUUCUUUCUUUUUUCUAAACGUUCUUUCUUUCUUUCUUUCUUUCUUUCUUUAUGCUCUUUCUUUCUUUUUUCUUUCCUUAUGUUCUUUCUUUCUUUCUUUCUUUCUUUCUUUCUUUCUUUCUUUAUGCUCUUUCUUUCUAACUGUACUCUUUUUAUUUAUAAAUGUUUUCUUUCUUUCUUUCUAA